AUGGAUAAAAAAAUUGUACUUUUACUUUUUACUUUAAUUUUAAAUUUUAUUUCAUUGGUUUAUACUGAUGACUCCCAACCAUCCAUCUUGCAAUUAGAAGGUUUUAUUUAUGACCAAUUUCCAAAAUAUAAUGACAAUUUUGAACCAGCAACGGGUAGUUUAACUCCUGGAAUGGUUUUACCUAAUAUCGAUACUACAACCAGAGUACCAAACCUUGUAUCAUUGUCAACAUCCACAACUGUAAAUAAAAAUGGUCGUAUGAAUACACCAAACCUCUACCAAUAUUUUUUCCAAAGUAAUACCGGUGCCUCAAAAACUUCAGACUCAGGUCUAAAUGUUCCAAUGACUAUUAAACUUAAUUUAACACUAGAUGAAAAUAGAGGUGUAUAUGUUUAUAAUAAUCAAUAUUUCUUCCCAAUUGAUAACCAAGGCUUUGACGUCGACUCUAGCUAUAAAAUAUAUUCAAAUGGUAGCGUUUAUCACAACUUUCAUUUUUGUUUAAAAAUCAAUUCUAAAUUUACAUUCCAGGGAAUAGAAGUUUUCAAUUUUAUAGGUGAUGAUGAUGUUUGGGUAUUUAUCAAUGACUAUUUGGCUAUCGAUCUUGGGGGUCUUCAUAGUGCUGCCUCGAAAAGUGUAGAUUUAACCACUCUAACAAUUAAUGGUCAAAAAUUAGUUAAAGGUACAACUUAUAAUUUCGACUUUUUCUACUGCGAAAGACACACUACUGCCUCGACUAUUAGAAUUGAAACCAAUUUACAAACUUUUUGCCCAACCUAUGACUAUUGUAAUGUUUGUCGUGGUGAUGGUAGUACAUGUUGCUCAGCUACAUUAUGUGAUGAUGGAAACCCAUGUACAGAUGAUAUUUGCCCAUCACCUGAAACUGUAAUUGCUUCAGGAAAAACCAUUAAAGAUUAUUGCCAACAUAUUCCAAAAACAUGUGCUGUCAUCGAUAAAUGCUCAAACAAUACAUGUAGUAUGAGUACUGGUCAAUGUGUUCAACAAACAAUUCCAUGUCAAAGUAAAGCAAGCCAAUGUAUGACUUUAGACAAAUGUGAUGCUACUCAAGGAUGUCUUUAUACUCAAGCAUGCACUGGUAUUUGUAAUACUGGUGUUUGUAAUAGUGGUACUUGUGAAGUAAAAUCCAAUUCAGCAUGUGCAUCAGAAUUGGGCAAUGAUAAAUGUAAGAUCUACUCUUGCGACCCAGUUAAAGGUUGUGUUUCAGAACCAUUAUGUAAACAAGGAUCAAACCCAUGUAUUGUUGCAACUUGUUCAAAUGGUGUUUGUGGUACAAAUACACUUUCAGCAAGCGAAUGUGAUUGUGGUUGUGAAGGUAAGUUAAAUGCAUGCGAAAAAAACAACUGUGUUAAUGGUCAAUGUUCACCACUAAGAAUUGACAUUGACGAUGGAAAUGCAUGUACCAUCGAUGUAUGUAACAACUCUACUGGUGUUGUAACUCACGAUCCAGUUACAACAUGUACUGGUUGUAUGGUCUGUAAUUCAAAAACUGGUGGUUGUGUCCCUACAGAUUCUUUAUGUGAAGAUGGUAACGAAUGUACAGAUAAUAAAUGUGUUGCCGAUUCAUCAAAUGCAAACUAUGGUACAUGUCAAAGCUCAGUAAAAUCAUGUAAUACUACUACCAAUAAAUGCUUAGUAUGGAAUUGUGACUCUGAAACUGGUUGCUAUUCAACUGAUAGAGUUUGUCCUGAUAGUGGAAAAUGUCAAGUUGGAUAUUGCGAUCCAGAUCAAGGCUGCUUACUAAAAAAUAGAACCUGUAGCAGCACAGCAUAUUGUAUAGUGAGCGAAUGUGAUGAAUCUCUUGGAUGUAUAACUUAUGAUAGAAGAUGUGCUGCUGAUAAUGCCAGAUGUCAAAAAGGUGUUUGUGUUAAUGGUACAACACCAACAGAUGGUAAAUGCGAAUCUGUAAACUAUGAUCCACAACCAUUUGUUUGUAAAACUGCCGCUGUUGUUUCAACUGCUGUUAUUGCUGGUGUUACUGUUGCCGGAGCUGUUGCUUUAGCUGCAUUUGUUUAUGGAGGGAAAAAAGGUUAUGACUACUGGAAAGAAUCGCAAAACAUUACUAUGAGUGGUGCCAAUAACAACCCACUUUACCAAUCAAACCCAAACGGUGGUGAAAAUCCACUCUUUAACGAAGAUUUGAACUAAAAAAACAUUUAAUUUAAUUUCAAUUUUAAUUUAAAAAAAAAAAAUUACAACCAUCACUAUAUUUUAAAAUAUACAUAUCUAUCUAUUUAUUUAAAUUAUUUUCAAAUAAAAAAAUUUAUUG